UCGUGCCUCUCCAUCGACCACACAAUGUUCAGUCUUUCUCGUUCCAACGUGAGGAUAGCCACGCGGUUUUAACAACACUGGUGAUAUCACUGGUGGAUUUAUUGUGAUUCAUACCGGCCCGUCCUCCUGGGCUCGGUGGCGAGGUCAUUUUUACCGGGGGAGUUGUUGGUCUGGAUUGCGGGCAUUUCGGGAUUCUCUUCGAAUGCAGCAUGAGGACACCAGGAAGGACAUGAGGAUGAGCGGGAUGAGGAUGAGAGUUCUUGGGGCGGUGGUUCUUGUUUUCUGCACUGAGAUGCUGAUCACUGACUGUGGAACGACGACUAACAAGGUGUCGAAGCGAGCGAAACCACUGGAUCCAGAGGACGACUACUACUACUACGACGAUGUAGAGGAGCGAAACAAUCCGACGAAUGAGGCGCCCGUUGUGCCACCGGGCUUCCUCAGUCCAUCGGUUAGAGAGUAUCUCGAUCUCGGGAAGUCUAUUCCUGGUCGACCGGGUACCGAUUAUCCAGUACUGGGUAGAGUACCCUAUACAAAUUUCUACUGUGACGAUCAAGAGUAUCCCGGUUUCUUCGCCGACGUCGACACCCGCUGUCAAGGGUGGCAUUACUGUGAUAUUGACGGAAGGCAGGCGACAUUCUUAUGCCCCAAUGGUACACAAUUCAGUCAGGCUGUAUUCGUGUGUGACUGGUGGUUCAAUGUCAGAUGUGAAUUGAGUCCAAAAUUGUAUGCCAUCAAUAGUAGACUGUAUCAACGUCCAACAGAGAGUCCCACACGACCACACCGAGUCAUCACCAAGGAACUCCUCGAGAAUAUAUUCGUGAAGAGGAAAUGAAGUCUCUCACUCCCUCCGGCAAAUGGAAAAAAAAAAAAUCUACUCAUGCUUCUGCCAGUGAAGCGCGAGGGGGUGGAGAGGGGUUUAAGUAGUCAAGGGAAUAAAGAGUUUUACUACUUGAAAAAGAAAUUUAGCGGCAAAAAAACAUGAUGAGCUCUCCCUUAUUUCUAUCGAGCGAGAUUUUCAUUGCUGGAAGCGCCAUUCAACCUCCCUGGGUUCUUAAUACUUGAUGAGGUACCGGAGAGGAGAAUGAGGGAUGAGAGGACCAGGGAUUUACGUUCUUAUUCUCUUUUUGGCUACCGUGAGAAGGGAGGGAGUGUUUUUAUAUUCGGUAUGAGUUGGCGUUUGUUCUCAUGUUGGGAGCUCUCCGUGAUUCGGGGCAUGUUGAAUUGACGAAUUGAUCGGCAUUUAGGAUGGAGUGAGGAAUUGCAGUUAUUUUUAAGAUUCUAGGGGUAAGGUUAGGGUUACGGCAAUUGUGCGAUAGAGAUCGGAUUUUUCUUUGGGACCGUUUUCUCGACGGGAGGAAAGUUUGUGAAUUUUCUACGGAAUUGUCGAUUUUCAGUUUUUAAACAAUUUUCUUAAUAAAUUUGGUGAGGAUAUGGAAUAGGCUAACGUUAAACGUAUUCUUUGUAAUUGUUUUUUUUAGAAUUGAGGGGUUUUGGACUUGUGAUUCUUUAUUUACAAAAAAUGUAGAACCUUUGGUGCGUUCUUGACGUAAUAUUAUUAAUGUUAUUUUUAUAGAAAAAAAAUAUUUGUAAAAUUCAUCCGUAAGUUCUAGCCAGUUUCUCUCUGUAUUCUUGAAUUAAUGGAAAAUAUUGUUGAUUCCAAGAUGACCAGAAACUCAAAAAUAAAGCGAUCACAAUUUCAAAAACAAGGGAAAUGAAAUCAUUUAAAAAAUAAUCGUUAUCUUGAAAUCAUGUCAACCCUGGAAAUCUUCAAGCACAUGGGAAUAAAGACGUUGUUGAGCUGUGUAGAUUAAUUUUUCUCUUUUACAAAUGUUCCAGAAGCGAAAAAAAGAACAAACCAGAAAUGAAAACAGUUGCUGACAGAUUCUAUUAACGAUGGGCGAGGGAAAAAAAUUGCAGAAAAAAAGAGUGAGGAGUGGGAGGCGGGUGAAUCACAGAGGUUGGCAACAACGAAUUGAUAUAGCCCUCGAGCAGAUAAUCCAAAACUAAUUCAAUCGUCCGGAAUACCUAGAAAAUUUAAUUCCGAGCCGUCUAACUUUUAUCAAGUUCCUGACGUGGCCCCUGGCGUGCCUCAGCGAGUAUGGAUGUGCCCCCUGCAUGGGGGAAUAGUGCACCUCACUUCGCGCGUACAAAAACCAGAGAGGGAGAUGGAGAAAGAGAGGGUGGAGAAGAAAAAAAAAUGUAUCUGUUGUAUACAACGGACCAGAGGCUCUAUACCAGUUGCAAUUUCAAAUUUAAAUUGAGAAGAAUUCAAAGUGGCACAUGCCAUUUCAUCUGGAAUAUAAUUUCUCAGGGGUAUUUUGUCUUCCGGUUAAUUAUUGUCCUUUUUUAUUUUAAACUGUUUUAAUUACGGAAAUAUAAUAAAUCAAAGCGCAGUA